CAUCCAUCCAACCAUCGUCACGGCCUCAACGCAAUGCCUUCCCCCUCCUCCAUCUCAUUUUCACUUUCCCUGCUAACAGCAGGCUAUCUCGCUUUCUGCAGUCUCACGCCCCGAACCUCCCCGCCAACACCAAAUCCAAUGCGCCGACCGUGCAACUAUGGGCACCAUGGUGCCAAUGACAUGACCACCACUAGUGACAGAGCCUACCUCGAAGCAAUCUGCCCCCACCCGAGCAACCUCCCUCCGCACCUCUUCGCCUGGUCCGCCACCACCACCCUCUGCCUACUCUCCCUCACCUUGGGUGCCUCCCUUCGUCUCUCUGCAUUCAAGUUCCUCGGUCGGAACUUCACCUUUCAGCUCGCGCAGCCAGAUACCCUAGUCACCGGGGGGAUCUACCGAUUCGUGCAGCAUCCGAGCUACACGGGAUUAUGGUUACUCGCGACAGGAUACUUGGGGCUGAUAAUGCGAUGGGAUGGUGCGGUCGCCUGUACGAUAGAUUCCAUCUCAUUGGCAAGACUGUCCGGAUGGGGAGGAUGGGUGGUAGGAGUGUUGGUGACAGUGCUGAUUCAUUCCACGGUGAUGCGGGUACGCGAUGAAGAGGGCAUCUCUCUUCUCUACCUACCAACCUACCUCUACCUCUCACCACUCCCAUCCACUCCCACCCAAAUCAUCACAAUGGGUCUUCUCGGCCGCGCCGCCAAAAUCACCACCAUCGGUGCCGGAGCCACCGUGGGUUUCUUCUUCGCGGCAGUCCGUCACAAUGAGUUCGUGCCGAUGACCACGACCGACCCUCUGUUCCAGCACCCUCUGUACCAGAAACUCAACCCAUCGAACAACCCCGCCAGCUACGAUCUGUGCGUGCGUCAGGUACCUCUCAAGGACAUUAAGCCCGCGUUGCUUGAAAAGCCGGGUCGAUUGACCGAGGCGUUCUGUGCCGGUGUAUGGAGUGGAUUCGGAUACGCCUACCAACGCCGCUACCUCUCCAAGAAAUAUGAAGGACCCGAAACCUCCUCGCACCUAUGGACCCGUGCCGACCUCCGCGCUGCCACCUACGACGUCGGCACCAAGAUCACGGACCACUUCGAGGUGGUGGAGAAGACACCGGAGCGGAUUGUGGUGCGGUGCGGCGAUUCGCCACGGAAUGCGGACGUGCGGGAAUCCGAUGGAUUGUUUGAGAUGUCGACGGAGGUGAAGCCGGAAAAGGGCGUUGCGGAAUUCCGUCUCAAGAGUUUGUUUUUCCAGGGCAAGGGAAAGGCGGAGGGGGAGCCGAUGCCUUCGCAUGUGUUGUGGUUGCAUAAGCAGUAUACUAAGUUGUGGUUGGAGACGGCGUUGGGGAAUAUUUGGCGGUAAUUCAUGCACUGAUGGGAUGAAUUGGGGGGGGUUGAUCGGGUGGUUGGUGAGGUGUGGAUUGGAUAUUUACUGGAUUGUUAAUAUGGGGUCUUGUUACUGGUAGAAGUUAUAUGGUGGUGCAGUACUGAUAAACUACACUUACAUUACACCUCACUUCACCUCCAUAAUGAUCAGGAAGACAUAAAUAAAGAAUGACCUCAUAUUACC